CAGUACAACUGCCACCACUCUGGAAGGAGUUGGAGGGACAGUGACAGAGUUUGUGGUGGGAGAGAAUGGAGUGUUGAGCUGGUCUUCUCCAGUUCCUCCCAAUGGAGUCAUUCUCUACUACAAUGUCAUCAUAUCCACAGCUGACUCUGGGCAACUGGUCACCAGAAUUGAGGAGUUGGACGUCUUGACUAUUGAUGUCUCCAACUAUGGAAAGAUCAACAUGGACUACAAUGUUACUGUGCAGGCAGUGACGUCAGUUGGAGGAGGGGAUUUCUCAUCUCCAGUGACAGUAUCUCUGAGAGAGCCGUCACCUGACUCCAACUCUAAUGAAGCAGGUGUCAUUGCUGGUGCAGUUGUGGCCGUCACUCUCACUCUUGGUCUCAUUGUGGCUGCUCUAUGUGCCUAUAUCUGCUGGUAUGUUUUACCAUUGUCUCCGAGACUCACAUAAGGGAUAAAGGAUGAUUCAUUAAUAGUGAUACAUAGAUAUAAUCAUACUUGACUGCUGUCAAUCAAACUCAAACACAGUUUUGUUUUUUCACUAACAAAACUUGUGCUUUCCCCCAAUGCACGUAAAUUUUGUGAAAGACGAUACAGUGAAAUAUUUGAUGAAGGUAACUAAAGGGUUCUGAAGGCUUCUUGUAAAUGUCCAGUCCACACAUUCAAGCAUCCUAUUAUGUAAAGGCUCUGCUGCUACACCCUGUCAGUAAUAAUAGAAUAACGCUAACCUUGCAACAUGGCACACUUUUCUGCGCACAGCAAGUGGCACCAAGAUGAUUUGCAUUUCUCAGAUUAAGUACAUUAAAUACACUUCACUUUCAUUAUAACUACGAAAAGAGUGCAUUAACCAAUUAUGCUCUGGUGCGAGCACCCAGCGUACAGAAUGCUGAUGCACAUGGUUGGACCACGAUGACUAUGAUGACUCUGGUCAAGAUAGCAGGUGUGGCCCUUGGGUGGAGUCAGGCCCUUGCCAACAUGGUGACAAGGAUGAAAAUAAAAAAGAGAAGAAACUUAAAAAAUGUUUCCUCUACUGAUAUAACCAUAGAGCUGAGGAAAGAGCCUGACAUGUCAGAACCUGAUAUGCCAGAUCCAGUCAUGAAACUAUCACGACAGAUGUCUGAUGAAGGGCUCUUUGUUCCCCAGAGUAGCAUUACUAUUCAAAACGUCAUUGGCGAAGGACAGUUUGGAAUUGUAUACAAGGCAUUAUUACAUAACUGGAAAGGAUACAUUCGUGAUGUGGUUGCUGCAAAGACACUGAAAGGACUAUUCAGUUCGCAUGAUGUCAAGCAUCUAGAAGAGGAGAGUAAGAAGAUGGCUAGAUUUGAUCAUCCUAAUGUCAUGAAGUUGAUCGGUGUGUCACUCAGCAUGGACACAAUCCCUUUCCUGGUCAUGCCAUACAUGGCCAAUGGUAGUUUGCUAUCAUACCUGCGAAAGAACAGACCAGAGUUGACAGUAAAGAAUGGCAUGACAGAAUUGAUAACGGAGAAUGGGUCAAGGCUACUGUCAAUGUGCCUACAAAUUGCAAAAGGCAUGGAGUACUUGGCCUCCAAAAAGUUUGUCCAUCGAGACCUCGCUGCCAGGAACUGCAUGAUUGAUCUAAACAACGUCAUAAAAGUUGCUGACUUUGGUCUCUCAGAGGACAUCUAUGCCAGAAACUAUUUUAGACAAGGAGGAAGACAAGAAGAGAAUGGGGAAGGCCCUGUGAAAUUACCAGUCAAGUGGAUGGCUCUUGAGAGCUUGAACGAUGGAGUCUUCUCUGAGAAAUCUGAUGUGUGGUCAUUUGGAGUGACAUGUUGGGAGGUGUUCUCACUGGGAAAGAACCCCUAUCCUGGAGUGGACACCCUUCUCUCUCGU